AUGUGCGUGUGUGGUCUCGUAAUGUCCUCGUUAAAUGGUCUUUUCAGCUGUAGAAAUGAGCACAGGGUAUAUUGCACCCAUUCAGUAGAAGAAUAUGAUCGUAAAAAUGAGGAUAUCGAUCCGGUUGCGAGUUGUGCUGAGUAUGAACUCGAAAGGCGAUUAGAGCGUAUGGAAUUGUUUGACGUUAUGCUUGAAAAAGGUCCCGAGGGCCUCGGAGUGUCCAUAAUCGGGAUGGGAGUCGGAGCCGACUCCGGAUUGGAGAAAUUAGGGAUUUUUGUGAAGAAUAUCACUCCCGGAGGCGCUGUACACAGAGACGGACGGGUACGAGUCUGCGAUCAGAUUGUGUCCGUUGACGGGAAAAGCCUCGUCGGAGUCAGUCAGCUCUACGCAGCUGAAACCCUUCGGGCCACUUCCAAUCGAGUGCUCUUUACGAUUGGUAGGUUUGCCAUGCAACAUGUCCUUGCAUUCUCUGUGAUGAAAUUCACGUUUAAAGCGGUGUACUUGCUUUUUAUAGGACGUGAACCAAACCUCGAAGAGUCCGAGGUAGCCCAACUGAUCAGGCAGUCUCUAGAAGCCGAUCGUGCCCGAAUCGUUAGCGACGACGGCGAAGAAAGUCAGCCAGAAGAAACCGCACUAGAAUUGGAGCUGGAAAUGUCUCAGAAGAAAGCGGAUCAGAUGCAUGAAGUGUUAGAUAGCACAAAAUCGCAUUAUGAUCAACUUGAGAGGAAAUACGACCAGGCUAAUCAACUUCUGAGAAACUAUCAAGAGAGGGAGAAAGAGCUUUUAUCGCGAGAAGAAAAUCAUGUAGAGCAAUUAAGAGACAAAGACGCUCACUAUUCCCAUCUUGUAGCCCAACUGAAGGAACGAAUUGAGGAGUUGGAGGCAAAACUUGAAGAGAUGGACCAAAGACGGCAAUCCAUAGCCAAUAAUGAGCUCAGCGAACUCAGGGAUAAGUUAAAAGACAAGCUGGAGAAGCGCGAUGAGGGUUUGGCAUAUAAACCCGGAGGUGAGCUUCCUCAUGAAGAUAAAGCUGUGAUGGCUAAUAUGGAUGCUAAGGAGACAAAAACUACCAUCAAUAAUAAUGUUACGACACGAAAAGAUGCGGAAGUAUCCACAUGGGAUGAUGAUAAGUACUCAUCGUCUUGUGGUAGUCCAGUUCCACGGAUAUCCGAACCAGCCAGUCCUGCUCUUCCACAUAAAUUUGUUCAUCGACGGCUUUUAUUCCCUUUGAAGAAAAAAUAUCCAACUAGUGAGUUUGGAAGAUUUACCAUGCAUAUAGUACAUUUAUAUUAUGAUGAGAACGAGUUUUGGAGAGCAUCGUGUGAACAGAUCCAAGGCCUUCAAGUAUUACAUUGGACAAUAGAUGACGUAGGCUCAGGGGCUCUUACUUACUCAAUCAACGAUACUAAAUUCAAGGAGUUUUUUUUUCCAGAUGAGAACGAGUUUUGGAGAGCAUCCUGUGAACAGAUCCAAGGCCUUCAAGUAUUACAUUGGACAAUAGAUGACGUGUGUCAAUUGCUUGUCUCAAUGGGUCUCGAUAAGUAUGUUCCCGAAUUCACCAUUAACAAGAUCACCGGAGCGAAAUUUCUGGACCUGGAUGGAACCAAGUUAAAGGGAAUGGGUAUCCAAAAUCAUUCCGAUCGUUCAUUGAUCAAAAAGAAGGUGAAGAUGAUAAAGAAUAGGAUAGAACGGGAACGAAAAAUGUUGGAGAAAGAAAGUCGAACGCGGGUGAUUACACAAGGAAUGCACAUUCAAAUGUAG